AUGGGCAGAGCGGUGGAUGCGGCGGUGGCUGAGGCGGGCUAUCUCCACGUGCCAUCUAGCCAAUCUCGUCGGUUUCCCCCUUUGCCGAGGGGGGCGCGCGAUAGGGUCCCUAAUUGGGGUCUGCAAAUAAAGUUUGUGCAACCUCGUGAUGCUGGUAUGUACGAGUGUCAAGUCUCGAUGCACCCACCAACAAGUAUCUUCAUUGAGCUUAAAGUUACAGAAGCGGAGGCGGAGAUCCUGGGCGCGCCCGACCUGCACCUGAAGAGCGGCUCGCAGCUGCGCCUGGUGUGCUCGCUGCGCCACAGCACCGAGGCGCCGGUCUACGUGUUCUGGUACCACGAGGACCGCAUGAUCAACUACGACAAGGAGCGCGGCGUCACCGUCACGCACAACCGCAGCGGCAGCGUGCUCAAGGUGCCGCGCGCCGAGCAGCAGGACUCGGGCAACUACACGUGCGUGCCCAGCAACGCGCGCGCCGCCUCCGUCACCGUGCACGUGCUCAACGGUAUCAAAAUAUGGCGAGAAGCCCGCGGCGAUGCAACACGGCAGCCGCAGCGGGGCGUCGGCGUCGGCACCGCGGUGUCCGGUGGGGCUGCUGGGCGCCGCGACGCUGCUUCUCCUCCUGCUGCUGCUCCUGCCACCGGCGCGGGGCGCCGCGACGCUGGCGUCUCGCAGGUGAUGCGACAGGCGACCACGCCCCCAUCUGCUCCGCGCCCCGACGCCGCUGCGACUGCCCCACGCCCACAAGAUGGCCGCCGGCUGCUGCCACCUGCUGUGAAACUUCCGCUGGGCCGGUGGACACCCGCACUUCCGUUUCGCCGAUGCCUCCGGGAACCACGACGCUGACGCACACACAACUAACGGUCAACGUACGCAUUGUCACAAACGUUUCGUUGCAUUGGUGCGCUGACAUCUUGAAAUGUGAACUGCCACACUGUGUACUCUCGGUUGACACAAGCGUCCACCACAUUAACUUCCGGCCUUUCCAUACGUCAGAAGGAGUUGCGUUGUUGGGAACGUUAUUAACUGAAAACAAUGCUGACUUCAGGGUUUACGGAGGUUGGAAACAAUAUAGUGACCGGGUAUUCUGUGUUGUGAAUCAAACGAAGUGUAGGUUUCAUAGCAAAGCAAUCGUCUGCUGCACGGUGCAAUAUGACUUCGUUCGGGAAUAUUUGCGGAAUGGAGGCGUUCUUGGAUGAGAGUGUAUUUUGUUUCAGGAGUUUUGUACUUGCCGAUUUCUGUGUAAGAAAGACCGCUUGAAUGUGUUUCUAAGUUUAAUUUUAAUAAUACCCAAAUUAAACAAGAAAUUCGUCUUAAACAGGAGUUCAAGAUGUUUUACUGGGUUUCAUGUAAUCUGUAAGCAGAAAACGUAUGCCUACUACUAAAAAAUAUAAUUCCAAUUGGGUACGUAAGAAAGAAAGAUGAUUUUUGUAUUGAACUGUAGAUUGUUCAGCAUCGUAAGAAGUAUUAAUCAUGUUUAAAAUGUGCCAAAUGGUGAAAAGUAUUGGAGAACCGAAGGAAGGUGCUAUCUUCCUACAGAUCUACCAAUAUUUACAAAAUAUGUAUAACAAUGUCUUACGCAUCACAGUCUCCAUCCUACGUGCAUAUAGUGUACAUAACAGUGUAAAUUUUGAAAGCUUUGGAUUUAUUUGUCUCCAUUAAAAUAACUUUGCUGAUUACUCAAUGUAUAAACUCACAGCAGUAGUAAGUACGAUGUUUUCAGGAAUAAUUAUGAUGCUCUAAAGAUGACAUUUUACAAGAUGAUAUGUUUCCGCACAUACGCCACAAGAACUAGGUAAGGAAACUUGUAUGUUAUGGCAGUCCUCAAAUUAAAUUUUGUUCGUCGAGCAAUCAUCUUUACGGCGUCAUAAUAGAAUAAACGUUAAAUACAAAGGAAAUGUUUUAAUAUUUUCCGAUAUUUUCUUAAAAUGGGAUUAUUGGUUGAUGGUUGUGGUUUGACUGAACCUCGAAAUACUGAAGGAUACUAACGUGUUGCAAACAUUGCGAGACUAAAAUAGAAUCGUUUUGUAAAACAUUGAAAAGUUCUGAUAAAUGUAGGCGCCAUUAUUCCCUUAUUGAGGUAUGAUUGCGUCAGUAAGUAUUCUCAGUCACAUGCAAAGAAAACACGUUACAUUUAGGACAAUACCUCCGUAGUACUUUAGAUAACAAUUAGAAAACUCAAUUUCUCUUUGGCUCAAAAUAAUUUAAAUAUAGUAGGGGAAGUGUGCGAAUUGUUAUCUUCCCUCGGGACCAGUGAGAUAGAGCAUUUAUUACUGAAAUAACAAUUUUCAUUGUUUUCCAUGAAUAUUACGUUGACCUACCAUUAAAUUGCAAAAUCAAUCGAUCCACUUCCUAAUACAAACAACAGAGUCUCUCACUGAAUUGCAACACGGGGAGUAAGAACAGCCAUCCAGCAAUGUGAUAAGGAUUUAGCAUAACACGCAUGUUUUCAAGCCCUAGAUAUCCCAUCUUGUCCUCAGGGCAGAGAUGACUGACGAAGGACAAAGUGAACGGCCUACUUGACGCAACAUCAUCUUUCAUGGGACUCGAUCACAAUUGGUCGCAAAUGUUGUUAUUAUUUUCCUAACGUAUCCCUGUACAACUUCUGUAGAGAAUGAAUACUAUUUCAAAAUGUUACUUUUCUUUUGUCUACGCUCUAAGUUUUCAAGUAAUUCUAUAAAAUAAAAUUUGAUUUAAUUAUAAUCCACGCGUAACCUAAACAAUAAAUUUAUCGAGACAGUUCAUUUACAGGUCGCUUCCCAUGAACGAUGAGUGUAAAACGUAUUGUUGCGUUUGACCGAAACAUUCCUAAUCCUUUCGCCCUUCCCUUGGACCUUUCUCGUCUGUAUUGCAGUGUAAAUCAACUGUCUGGAAACAUAUGUCACUGUCAUUAUCAAUAAAAUGCAUUAUUAAAC